AUGUCGACGGUUGAGAGCUACAACAAGGCCUUUGAGGCCGGCGCCGACAACAACGGCGUGGUCAACAACAGCACGUCCCCUGUCGAGGCGGAUGCCGACCACGACGCCCCGAUUGCCGGGCCCGAUGUGCCCGUGGCCCAGGACCUGGCCGUCGGCGAGGGUCUCCGGACACUCGAGAACAAGAAGGUGCAUUGGUACAGCUACCUGCAGACGUGGGACUUUUGGAUCGUGGUGCUCAUUGGCCAGGUGCUGUCGCUGUGCAUCACGGCCACCAACACGUUCACGAGCUUCCUGUCCAACAACGGCACCAACAUCCCGGCCUUCCAGACGCUCUUCAACUACAUCCUGCUGCUCAUCAUCUACGUGCCGCUGACCUUUUACAAAAAGGGCUGGCGCUACGUUGUGCACACGAUCUUGAUCCGCGACGGGUGGAAGUACUUUAUCUUGUCGUUCCUGGACGUCGAGGGCAACUACUUUACCGUGCUGGCCUACGAGUACACGAACAUCCUGAGCGCGCAGCUGCUCAACUUCUGGUCCAUUGUCUGCGUGGUCAUCAUCUCGUUUGUGCUGCUGCGCGUGCGCUACCGGCCGUUCCAGAUCCUCGGCAUCCUGAUUGCCUGCGGCGGCAUGGGCAUCCUGCUGGCGUCGGACCACAUCACGGGCUCCAACGGCGGCCCCACCGUCGACAAGCUCAAGGGCGACCUGUUUGGCCUGCUGGGCGCCAGCCUGUACGGCAUGAGCAACGUCUUUGAGGAGUGGUUCGUCAGCCGCAAGCCCAUGUACGAGGUGCUGGCCUGCCUGGGCUUCUUCGGGGCCUGCAUCAACGGCGUCCAGGCCGCCAUCUUCGACCGCACCUCCGUCCAGCAGGCCAACUGGACGGGGCCCGUCAUUGGCUACCUCGUGGGCUACACGCUCGCGCUGACCAUCUUCUACACGCUCGCGCCGCUGAUUCUGCGCAUGGGCAGCGCCGCCUUCUUUGACAUUUCCCUGCUGACGGCCAAUUUCUGGGGCGUCAUCAUUGGCAUCCACGUCUUUGGGUACACCAUCUACUACCUGUACCCGAUUGCCUUUGUGCUCAUUCUCCUCGGCCUGGUCGUCUACUUUCUGAGCGGCAGCAUGCUCGGCGACGCCAAGAAGCCGUGGCUCGGCGCGAACCAGGAGGACGGCGUGGCCGGCUUCGGCACCGCCAAGCUCAAGGCGCUGAACGCGGCCAAGAAGGCGCACGCCAUUGAGCAGGAGGCGGCCGCGGCCCCCGCCGAUGCGACACCGCAGGAGGCGUAG